AUGUCGAGCGACAAGAUCACCUUCCUUACCAACUGGCAGGCUGUGCCCUACCACCUGCCUGUCUACCGCGCCCAAUCUCAGGGCUAUUUUGCCAACGAGGGGAUCAAAGUGGCCAUCCUCGAGCCCAAUGAUCCCAGCGAUGUAACUGAAAUCAUCGGCACCGGCAAGGCCGACAUGGGUCUCAAGGCCAUGAUUCAUACGCUCGCCGCCAAAGGCAUGCGCGGCUAUCCUGUCACCUCGGUCGGCACGCUUAUGGACGAGCCCGCCACCGGUAUCAUCUACCUCGAGGGUAGUGGCAUCACCGCCGACUUCCAGAGCCUGAGGGGCAAGCGCAUCGGCUAUGUAGGCGAAUUUGGCAAGAUUCAGAUCGAUGAACUUACGAGCCACUUUGGCAUGAAGCCGUCCGACUACACGGCCGUUCGCGUCGGCAUGAACGCCACCGAGGCCAUCAUCGACGGUCUUGUCGACGCCGCUAUUGGUCUCGAGAAUGUUCAAAUGGUCGAGCUCGAGGAUUGGUGUGAGCAGCGAAACCGACCCAAGACAGACGUCAAGAUGCUCCGCAUCGACGAACUUGCUGAGCUCGGCUGCUGCUGCUUCUGCUCGAUCCUCUAUAUCGCCAACGACGACUUCGUUCACCAGCACCCCGGGAAAGUUCGGGCUUUCAUGCGAGCCGUCAAGCGCGCUGCCGACGACCUCUUCGCUCACCCUCAGCAGGCAUGGGAUGACUUCAAGCGCUUCAAGAAGAGCGUGCAAGGUUCCGUCUACGGUCGCAUCUUCGAGCGCUCCUUCGCCUACAUGUCGCGCGACUGCGCCAAUGUCCCGCGCGACUGGUCCAAGGUGACCAACUACUGCAAGCGUCUCGGCAUCAUCGAUGCCAACUUCGAGCCCAACAUGACCAACGAUUUCCUCAGCUGGGACAUCGACGCCGCGCAGAACGAUGUGGACCCGGACGCCAAGCAGAGGGAGAUUGCGGUCUACCAGGCCAACGAGGCGCACAAGCUGCUUGCUUCGGAAGAGGGCUGCAGUCUGCCCAAGUUCGGGUGCAAGUCUGCAAGCGUCCCUGCCGCCGCCGUCAAGGCCUCGGCCUAG